AUGUUGGAUGAACCCUCCCUGUUGUUACCAGCCGAAGCGCUAGAGUUCGAUUUAGAGAAUAUUUUGCAGUAUGCUCGCUUAUUACAAAGCACACCACAAAAAAGCAGAUCAGAAACUACGCGUCUGGAGGCAAAGGCAUUUCCCUUGAUUCGGAGAAAUUUCGUGUCAUCGAUGACUUCACCUGUUACCUUAGAUAGAAACGUGUUACAUCAAUAUGCGGGAUUGGGCUUCGAAUACACCGAUAGUGGUGAGCUACAAUUUCUGACGGAUAAGUUCGAGAUAAAGGCGCCUACCCCAAGAAAUCCAUUAGCUCAAAUUUUCUCAAAAAAUAUUGCAAAAUUCAAACGGAAACUUCUCUUGUCAUUUAGUACCAGUCCUGGGGAUAUUUCCGACGCGUUUGAGAGGCAAUUGCAAUUCAUCACUCAAAAGGUCCAGAGGUGUAAAAAUGUAGAAUUAACCCAAUUGACAUGGAAGCUAACGCUCAAUACAGAGGAACAACUAGUUUCAUCUCAAUUAACAUUUGGCGUAGAUUUGCAGGUUUCACUCUUCCAAUACUUCUCCUAUGACGUUGUGUCUUUGGUUAACGAAAUUCUCGAACCCCUGAUGGCAAUGCUUCCAUCUCCUGGUGAUAAGGUAGAUGAAAUCGAUAGAAAUCGUACGCGAGACCUCCACUUAUUCUACCAAGCUAUGGCAGAGCAUACCAAGUAUCUUCCGGUGCCCACAAACUUAUCGCAUCCAUACCUAACAAUGAAGUUAUAUCCGUUUCAACAAAAAACGGUCAAUUGGCUACUCAAUAGAGAACACACACAGAUUGAAGAAAGAACUAUGGACGUUGUUGAGAUCCCAUUGGUCAACAGCGACCAAUACGACUUGCUUCGAUCUUAUCAAAUGUCGAAUUCAGACAAAUUAGAAACAACAAUUUCUCUGACACUUGAUAAGCUUUGCUUCGGAUGGAAGCGAGUGGUGUUUAACUCGAUUGUCAGUUGGCACAAUAGCUACACAGGCAAUAUCAUGGAAGAGCAGGACAUGGUUGAUUGUCUUUUGGAGUUGCACAAGACCCAAAAUCAAGAUGAACUAGGAGGAUGUGGAUACCUUUGCGAAGAAAUGGGUCUUGGAAAAACUGUGGAAAUAGCUUCUCUUGUGAUGUAUCAUCAACGAUCGGAGACACAGAUCGGAAGUACUAUUCCUUUUCAAAUCAACGAGGAAGGUGAUAUCAGAUCAUUGAAAAAAGCAAAGACAACACUUAUUGCGGCUCCGGAAUCGAUCAUUGGACAAUGGUAUUCUGAAUUAUGCCAGAUUUGUCCACAUCUUCUGGUCACAAUAUACAAGGGCGUUAAUCGCUACCCAGAAUUAAAAAAUAUCCCAAAAUAUAUCGCUGAAUUCCUCCAAAGAUACGAUAUAGUGCUCAUGAACUAUACUGUCAUGUCGCGUGAGUUAAAUUUUGCAGAGUAUUCAUCGCAAAGAGCUUCAACUAGAGGAAGUCGAAAGAGAAGGCACAACGAGACUGAAGAGAGAAAAGAUGAGAAUACAGACGUUUCUGUAUUUCAAGCUCAAUUUGAAGUCCCUGUUGCUGAAGAGGUAGAACAAAUCAUGUUCAAUAAUAAGAAGUAUGAUAAAGCCAAUCUUGCAGACUUAUCGUCUCAGGCUAGAAGAGAAUUUCCGGGCUCAGUGCCUCAUACUAUGUCAUAUGAUUCGCCCCUCAUGAUGUGCCAAUGGUGGAGAGUAGUAUUGGACGAGGUACAAAUGGUAGCUGGAGCUGGCCGCGCGUUUAAAACAGCCUCGAUGAUACCCAGAGUUCACUCUUGGGGUGUUUCUGGAACUCCAUCUCGCCUGGUGUUUGUUCUAGAAUUUUUGAAGGUUGCUCCCUUCAAUUACAGUACAGGUGUUUCGUGCUACAAAAAGCUUGAUGAUGAGGGGGACAAUCGAGAUUUCAUACAAUUGUGGAAAACGAUUGCUUUGAGACACACCAAGGCAAUGGUCCACAAUGACAUAAACUUACCUGCCCAAGACCGAGUGCUUCUAUCAUUGCCAUUUUCUGAUCUUGAGCUAGACACAUACAAAGAUAUUCUCAAUGAUGCAUUAUACCCCAUUAAUUUGCGAGCAGACGAAUUACCAAAAGAUCUACAGCUAUCCGCUGCCAACUGUAGGCACUUACGAUCUUGGCUUCUCAGGAUUAGACAGUUUUGCGCAAAUUCUCAAGUCGGAAAGCUUGAUACAAGCGUUCUGGGAAAAGGAAAGCAAAAGGGAAAACUCAAUUUUUCCAAGGCUUCACAACUAAAGACUCUAGAAGCUGUCCUAGCCGAUGUUGUCUUGAAAGUAAAAGAUGACAUGAUUGAGUACGAAAAGGAAGUCAUUAAUUACAUGUUGCAGAUUUGCCAAAGUCUCGAGAAGGCUUUGUAUCCUGAAAAAGUCAUCGAGAUAUUGGAUUUUCUUCUCAAGGAUGUCUCCUAUUACACUGAGAGCCUUUUGGAUCAAAUAGCUAGUACACGAGGUAAGGCUGCGAAAUUGGGAGGAGAAUUAUCGGCCAUGAGACAAUCAAACAUAAAGGAGUCCGACACUACAGUGGCCUCUGCUGAUGAAAAUGAGUCUGAGUCUGAUGAAGAAUCACAGCCAAUUAAAACCGAAAACAAUUGUUUGGAGGUCUCACAUUUGAAGAGUGAAGUCAUCGAUACUAAUGAUGAUAAUACCGAGGCAAUCGAGGCUCAACUCAGCUUGCUUCAAACCAAGUUAAAGAAUCUCAAAGAUCAGAUCAACGUUAGCAAAAUUAAACUUAGAACCUGGAAGGUGAUAGAGCACAAGUGCUUCUUUUUGCUAGCUUCAGCUCACUUUCAACUUUACGAUGAGGAAUAUCAAGAGAAAAUCAAAAUCCAUCGGGUGGAGAUUCCGUUUGUCAAUGAAAUGCCAGGAAUUUUGUCCCGUAUACACCUCUCCAGUCGGCCACUGUCUAUUCAAUUAAAUGGCUCUACAGAGAUUGUAAAGAGCGAGGAAGAAAACCAAACUGUACCAAAUACAUCUAAUCAUAAGCAUCUCGAAAGCUUUUAUUAUUCAAGCGCCGAGAGUACCAGAAACGAGAUACUAUCACAACCUUUGAGAGAUUUUGAAACCGCCUCGAUGAAACGUCUAGGCAACGUUAAAGAAAUCAACCUGAAGAAUAUGAUAAAUGAUGGGCAUACAAUAUUCCAAAAAUCUUCAAGGCAAUUACUUUUGAGCUACCCUCUCAUCGAAGCAGAUGAUCUCCGGGAAUUAAUUUGGAAGAAUACUGUCAAGGAGAUCGUAGAAAGGUACGUCAAACUAUCACAUAAACUCAAUGAACAAGCGAAGUUCAUAAGUGAAUGUUUGAACAAUCUUCGGGAUUUGCUUAUAUGCCCUUUAUUGUCAAAAGAUGGCACACCAGAUGGUGAUGAAUACGAAAAAUCUAUUGAGAAUCAAGACAAAGCAGCCAUAUUGCUUCUUACUCUUUCUCAAACCCUUAUGGAUCGAGAAAAUGCUUUCUCAGAAUCUCAUAGUCGAACCGUUGCCGUUGGAAAGAAAAGUUCGGCUACUAUUCACGAAGACCAUCAAAUCAAUGAUCAAAAAUACCUCAGAUCUUUACAGAAACAACGUGCGAAUUUGAAUCCCGAGAGUGAGUAUACUGUGGAGGAAAUACUAAGAUCGCUUAAGUACGUGCCCCUAGACGCAUCGUACGGAGCCAUUCCUAUACUUCAAGAGAUCUCAACUCGAUUAAACAAUAUCGCAGAAAACGACAAAAGUUUACAGAAGAUGGUGAUGAAACAACUCAACACAAAUUUCAAUCUUGUUUUCAAUUCUAAAGUUGAAUAUUUCAAGCAACUACAACAAAUUUCCGACACUGUCGAAAAUACCGCCUAUCCAUACGAUGUAAAUGAAAUCGAUGUUGAUAAAUUAACAAAACAUUUGCAUUUUCGUGUCACCCAGCUAAAGGAUUGCCAGAAAAUGCUGAUGAGGUUGGCCUCUCGUCUCAACUACUUGGGAACACUUGUGGAGCAAGAUAAAAAGCUCAACACUGCGAAAGACAAUACCAGAACGGAUCUGAAUACACAGGAAGUACAACACCUGUGUCUGAUUUGUACUGGGGAUAUAAUAGUAGGAUCUCUCACACCCUGCGGACACAGAUUUUGCAAAGCAUGUCUUGGAGAAUGGAUCUCUCGUGCGCCCAAUUGUCCAAUGUGCAAAACUUACAUCGAAAAAGACUUGGUCUAUAACUUCAGUGUUCGUAAAGCUGACCUCACGGCACACAAAGUCGCCAAUCUGCAUGUUGAAAACGGAACGCUGUCUGAGGUGCAAAUGGUAUACAAAAAUCUUGAUCCGAACACCUUGAAGAAGAUUCACAAAAUGAAACUAGAAAAUGCCUAUGGAUCCAAGGUUGAUUUGAUAGUGAAACAGGUUCUAUACUUAAGAAGUGUCGAACCCGAUGUUCAAAUUGUUGUAUUUAGCCAGUGGCAGGACUUGCUUUUUAUUCUCUCGUAUGCAUUUGAUCAAGCACUGAUUUCUUACAUUGUUGCCAAACCGAAUUCAACAAACAGGAAAUCAAAAGCGCCAAGCCCCGCCGAACAAUUUAAAAAGAAAGAGAACGGAAUCACCUGUUUUCUAUUGAAUUCGCAAAUCCAGGCAAGCGGAUUAAAUCUUGUUAAUGCUACCCACAUUUUCCUUUGUGAACCCUUGAUCAAUACGCCAACGGAGCUCCAGGCCAUCUCACGGAUUCAUAGAAUUGGACAAACAAAAGUAACAACUGUAUGGAUGUUCUCGGUGCAGAACACCAUAGAGGAUAACAUUGUUGCACUAGGGACAAAAAAACGAUUGGAAUACCUUGCAGCUAGUGCUAAUGCAGCAAAGAACUUGGACCACCGUACUUUGGGAAUACAGGGUAACAGCGAAGAUCUUCUUUCGUCAGGGAACGCGUUGCUCGCUGCAGAGUCUGAAGCCAUGAGCUAUGGCCCUUCAAACGGACAGGCGACAAAUGACGAUUAUGUUGAGGAUAAAUACAUCUACAACUUGUAUUUUGGAGAUCAUCCUACCGCCAUCACUCUGGAAGACACUCUUCAGGAUAAAUGA